GCUCGCAGCUUUCAGACCUUUACUCCCCUACCCACGCUACUCUUGUAAAUCUUCAACUCUUGCAGCAUUUUUCCUUGUCUUGGUUACUUCCUCUUCUACUUUACCAAGAGAGCCAUAACCCAAGAUGUCUAAGGCAAGGUUGAUAAAGGAGAAGAUAAGAUUUGCAGGGCAGAAUGGGUACAUAGAUGAUGUCAACACCGUGAACGACGAUCCUGUCUCCCAACAAGUUGAAGAAUACACCGAUGAAAGGUUCAAGUCAAAGGACCCGGUGGCAAAGUCGCCGCCACAUAGUCCGAAAACGACAGAUCAACCAAGUCCAGGCCAGCAAAAGGACUAUCCAGUCGAGUGUCUGCUUGACAAGUAG